GUGGACGCGCAAUUCAAUAUCAAGCCGCAGGGCCUCGAGGUAUGCUUCGACCCGGCGAGCCAGCAGCAGGUGCUGUCGUUCCAGUUCGCCCUGACGGUGUCGCUCCCGCAGCUCAUGCAGCAGCUGGCGGAGUACCGUCGCGGGGGAGCCCCCCCGGCGCCGGGCCUGGCCCCGCCGCAGGCGCCGCUGACUGGCCAGUCUGGCGAGAACGGCAUGGGCGGUGAG